CCGAAUUUAAAUUCGCUCAGCACAUCUGUUUGACUCCACACGUGCAAUUUUCGUUUGUUUAUAUAUAUUAAAAAAUGGGAAAACAAAAAAAGACCCAGAAGAUUAAGAAGCAAAGAAAUGCUCAACUCAAGCGCCUGCUGAAACCUACAGAUUCCCGCAUUAAGGAGCAAAAACGACAGAAACGCAAGAAGGAAGCGGAUCCCCAUGCAAUCAAACUCCAUGAAGCCACCCAGCAAAGCUCAGCUUUGUUCUUUCAAUACAACACACAACUAGGACCUCCAUAUCACAUAGUUCUCGACACAAAUUUCAUCAACUUUAGCAUUAAAAAUAAGCUCGAUAUUGUUCAGGGAAUGAUGGAUUGUCUCUAUGCCAAGUGCAUACCCUACAUAUCCGAUUGUGUGCGUGCUGAGCUCGAAAAACUGGGCAACAAAUACAAAUUGGCGUUGCGUAUCAUAUCCGAUCCUCGAUUCGAACGAUUACCCUGUCUACAUAAGGGCACCUAUGCGGAUGAUUGCAUUAUAGAGCGGGUGCGUCAACACAAGUGCUAUAUUGUAGCCACAAACGAUAAGGAUCUUAAGAAUCGCAUACGAAAGAUACCCGGAGUGCCAAUUAUGUACGUGGCGGCCCACAAAUAUGCCAUCGAGCGAAUGCCGGAGGCGUACGGGGUUAAGGCGUAGUUCUAAAUAGUGUAGUUUUCAUAAACAAAUAAAUGUACAUGCUUUAUAUAUGGUAAAUAACAAUCAAAA